AUGUGCUUUUUAAGACGGCCAGGAGCGUCUGCAAGCUGGAUCGGGUGGAGGAUGCUGCGGCAGGUCAUUCGCAGAGGGCUCCAGUCGUUCUGCCACAGGCUGGGCUUGUGCGUGAGCCGGCACCCCGUCUUCUUCCUCACCGUGCCUGCAGUCCUGACCAUCAUCUUCGGCUUCAGCGUGCUCAACCGCUUCCAGCCCGAGAGCGACCUGGAGCGGUUAGUCGCCCCAAGCCACAGCUUGGCGAAGAUCGAGCGGAGCCUGGCGGGGAGCCUCUUCCCCCUGGACCAGUCCAAAAGCCAGCUCUAUUCGGACUUACACACCCCAGGGAGGUAUGGCAGGGUAAUCCUCCUCUCCCCACCCGGACACAAUAUUUUGCUCCAGGCUGAGGGGAUCCUGCAGACCCACCGAGCCGUACUGGAAAUGAAGGAUGGGAGGAGCACCUUUAUUGGACACCAGCUGGGUGGUGUCGAUGUGCCCAACAGCAAAGACCAGCGGGUCAAGUCAGCCAGAGCCAUUCAAAUCACCUACUACCUCCAGACCUAUGGCUCUGCCACCCAAGACCUCAUUGGGGAGAAGUGGGAGAGUGAAUUCUGCAAACUGAUGAGGAAGCUGCAGGAGGAGCACCAGGACUUCCAGCUGUUCUCUCUAGCAUCCUUUAGCCUCUGGAGGGACUUUCAUAAGACCAGCAUCCUGGCCAGGAGCAAGAUCCUGGUGAGCCUCGUACUGAUCUUGACCACAGCCACCCUCUCCAGCUCAAUGAAAGACUGCCUGCGGAGCAAGCCUUUUCUGGGCCUCCUGGGUGUGCUAACGGUUUGCAUCUCCAGUGUAACCGCGGCAGGGAUAUUCUUCAUUACUGAUGGAAAAUACAAUUCCACUCUCCUGGGGAUUCCUUUCUUCGCAAUGGGUCAUGGAACAAAAGGAGUAUUUGAGCUUCUAUCAGGAUGGAGGAGAACCAGAGAGAACCUGCCCUUCAAAGACAGGGUCGCUGAUGCCUAUUCUGAUGUGAUGGUCACCUAUACCAUGACCAGUUCCUUGUACUUCAUUACGUUUGGUAUGGGUGCCAGCCCUUUCACCAACAUUGAGGCUGUGAAGGUCUUCUGUCAGAAUAUGUGUGUCUCCAUCCUAUUGAACUACUUCUACAUUUUCUCUUUCUUUGGCUCCUGCCUGGUCUUUGCAGGCCAACUAGAACAGAACCGUUACCACAGUAUCUUUUGCUGCAAAAUUCCUUCUGCGGAAUACCUAGAUCGUAAGCCAGUCUGGUUCCAGACGGUGAUGAGCGAUGGGCAUCAACAGACUUCUCAUCAUGAGACCAACCCCUACCAGAACCACUUCAUUCAACAUUUUCUCCGGGAACAUUACAAUGAAUGGAUCACAAAUAUCUAUGUGAAACCGUUUGUCGUUAUCCUCUAUCUCAUCUACGCUUCCUUUUCCUUUAUGGGCUGUUUGCAGAUCAGCGAUGGCGCCAACAUCAUCAGCCUGCUUGCCAGUGAUUCCCCCAGCGUCUCCUACGCCAUCCUACAGCAAGAAUACUUCAGCAAUUACAGUCCAGUGAUUGGAUUUUAUGUAUAUGAACCCCUCGAGUACUGGAACGGCACGGUCCAGGAAGACUUACGGAGACUUUGCAGUGGCUUCACCGCCGUGUCGUGGGUUGAACAGUAUUAUCAGUUCCUGAAAGUCAGCAACAUCAGUGCAAGUAACAAAAGUGACUUCAUCAGCGUCCUGCAAAAUUCCUUUUUAAAAAAGCCAGAGUUCCAGCACUUCCGAAACGAUAUCAUUUUCUCCAAGGCGGGAGAUGAAAGCAAUAUCAUUGCUUCUCGCUUGUAUCUGGUGGCCAGGACUAGCAGAGACAAGCAGAAGGAAGUAAUAGAAGUAUUAGAUAAACUUAGGCCCUUGUCUCUUGCCAAGAGCAUUCGGUUCAUUGUGUUCAAUCCUUCCUUUGUUUUCAUGGAUCACUAUGGCUUGUCUGUCACCAUGCCGGUUCUGAUUGCUGGCUUUGGGGUCCUACUGAUGUUAAUUUUAACCUUCUUCUUAGUGAUCCACCCUCUGGGAAACUUCUGGCUAAUUCUCAGCGUCACCUCAAUAGAGUUGGGCGUUCUGGGCUUGAUGACGCUGUGGAACGUAGACAUGGAUUGCAUUUCUAUCUUGUGCCUUAUCUACACUUUAAAUUUUUCCAUUGAUCACUGUGCACCCCUGCUUUACACAUUUGUAUUAGCAACUGAGCACACCCGAACUCAGUGUAUCAAAAGCUCCCUGCAAGAGCAUGGGACAGCCAUUUUGCAAAACGUUACUUCUUUUCUUAUUGGGUUGGUCCCCCUCCUGUUUGUGCCUUCGAACUUGACCUUCACACUGUUCAAAUGCUUGCUGCUCACCGGGAGUUGCACGCUUCUGCACUGUUUUGUUAUCUUACCUGUUUUCCUAACUUUCUUUCCCCCCUCCAAAAAGCACCACAAGAAAAAGAAACGUGCUAAACGAAAGGAGCGGGAGGAGAUCGAGUGCAUAGAGAUCCAAGAGAAUCCUGAUCACGUCACAACUGUCUGA